AUGGGCCUGGCAUGGAGGGAUGGGCCUGGAGUGGAGAUAUGGGCCUGGAGGGGAGAUAUGGGCCUGGAGUGGAGAUAUGGACCUGGAGUGGAGAUCUGGGUCUGGAGUGGAGAUCUGGGCCUGGGGUGGAGAUAUGGGCCUGGAGUGGAGAUCUGGGUCUGGAGUGGAGACAUGGGCCUGGUGUGGAGAUAUGGGCCUGGAGUGGAGAUCUGGGUCUGGAGUGGAGAUAUGGGCCUGGUGUGGAGAUAUGGGCCUGGGGUAGAGAUAUGGGCCUGGAGUGGAGAUCUGGGUCUGGAGUGGAGAUAUGGGCCUGGGGUAGAGAUCUGGGCCUGGAGUGGAGAUAUGGGCCUCGGGUGGAGAUCUGGGCCUGGAGGGGAGAUAUGGGCCUGGAGCGGAGAUAUGGGCCUGGGGUGGAGAUAUCAGCGUGGAGUGGAAAUAUGGGCCUGUUGUGUAGAUCUAGGCCUGGGGUGCAGAUCUGGAUCAGGAGGCCGGGUCUCUGCACAGCUGAGAUCCCUGCUGCGGGGGCAGGUAGGCAGCCAGGGGUUCUUCUUGGUCCAGAGGGCCUGUCCAUACACGGGUGAUCAGGACAAGCCCUUCCUGUCUGCCUGGCCCAGCCCUGUGGUGCCUCAGGGAGGACAUGUGACUCUUCGGUGUCACUAUCGUGGUCCCCUGGUGAAAUCAGGAGAGACGGUCACCCUACAAUGUUCCUCAGAUACCGUGUUUGAGCACUUCUUUCUGCACCGUGAGGUGACCCUUGAGGAGCCCUUGCACCUUGUUGGAGAGCUCCAUGGUAGGGGUUCCCAGGCCAACUAUUCCAUCAAUUCCAUGAUGUCUACCCUUGCAGGGACCUUCAGAUGCUACGGUUCUUUUACUCACUCCCCCCAUGUGUUGUCAGCUCCCAGUGACCCCCUGGACAUCGUGAUCACAGGUAAAUAUGAGAAACCUUCUCUCUCAGCCCAGCCAGGCCCCACGGUUCAGGCAGGAGAGAACGUGACCUUGUCCUGCAGCUCCCGGCGCUCCUUUGACAUGUACCAUCUAUCCAGGGAGGGGGAGGCCCGUGAACUUAGUCUCUCUGCAGUGCGAAGCGUCAACGGAACAUUCCAGGGCGACUUCCCUCUGGGCCCUGCCACCCACGGAGGAACCUACAGAUGCUUCGGUUCUUUCCAUACCACACCCUACAAGUGGUCACACCCGAGUGACCCACUGCCCGUUUCUGUCACAGGAAACCCUUCACGUACUUGGCCUUCACCCACUGAACCAAGCUCCAAAACUGGUAUCCCCAGACACCUGCAUGUUCUGAUUGGGACCUCAGUGGUCAUGAUCCUCUUCACCAUCUUCUUCUUUCUCCUGCAUCGCUGGUGCUCCAACAAAAAGAAUGCUGCUAUAAUGGACCAAGAGCCUGCGGUGGACAGAACAGUGAACAGGGAGGACUCUGAUGAACAAGACCCUCAGGAGGUGACAUACGCACAGUUGGAUCACUGCGUUCUCACACAGGGAAAAAUCACUCGCCCUUCUCAGAGGCCCAAGAGACCCCCAACAGAUACCAGCGUGUACACGGAGCUUCCAAAUGCUGAGUCCAGAUCGAAAGUUGUCUUCUAUCCACGAGCACCACCGUCAGACUUUGAAGGGGUCUUCUAG